AUGGGACUUCUGCACGUUGCCAUUGCCCUCGUGCCACUUUCGUGGAUGGCCUCUAAUCUUUGGGCGCUUUACCUCAACUACCAAGCUGCCCGUGCAUCGGGCUUGCCAAUUUUGAUAUGCCCGUUCGACCCAGAGAAUGUAUUCUAUAUGAUCAUUAGCGUCCCCCUGAGACCGGUGUUUGAGCGCAUCUUGCCCGCGGCUUUCUACGACGCAAUCAAAGUCACUAUAUUCGGCUGGGAGUUCAGGGACAAACAUGAUCUCCACGAUAGGCUUGGACCUGCCUUUAUUCUUGUUACGCCUGCCAUAAAUCAGCUUCAGUGUGCAGAUCCCGCCAUGGCGCAAGAGAUACUUGCACGGAGGAAGGAUUUUGUCCAGUCACCUACAGCAUCCAAGGUUAUGAAUUUUUUAGGGGAAAAUAUCGUCACGGUUGGUUGCCUUUCCUUUAGUGCUGAUGGAGAAUCCUGGUCAAGACAACGUCGCAUCGUUGCACCGAGCUUGAACGAGCGAAUCAGUCAAGUCGUCUGGAAGGAAAGCGCGGAACAAGCAAGCCAGAUGGCCGGUUUCAUGCUUGCCAUGCCCAAAGGCGAGUCACGCGACACCAUCGAAGGACUUCGCGUUAUUGCCAUCAACGUUCUCGGCCAAGUUGUUUAUGGCCAGCCGAAGCCCUUUGGACCCAUGGAGCUACCUAGGGACCCAGAUUCGAGCAUGUCAUAUGUCGAUGCGAUCUCGUUGUGCAUAGAACAGCUUGUUGUGGCUGCUCUGGUACCAGCAAGACUCCUGCGCUUGCCAGUGAUGCCCAAAACACUACAGACGGUUGGGGCGGCACUGCACAAUCUUCCGAAUCUUACCAAGAAUAUGCUGCAUCAGGAACGGCGACGGACUGCCUCAGGAGCUGGCGCCCCUGAUAAUAUCAUGAGUAUGCUCGUUCGCCUGUCAGACCAAGAGAAGGUCAAGGGGCAUGACGAGCUACUUGGUAGAGCAAGUCAAUAUCUCACGGAGGAUGAAGUUGCAGGAAACUUGUUUGUCUUUACUGCAGCGGGCUUUGAUACAACUGCCAACACCAUGGCCUAUGCUGUCACCCUGCUCGCCGCAUACCCUGAAUGGCAAUUAUGGAUACAGGAUGAACUGGACCUCGUCCUGGGUGCCGACAAACGAAGCGAUGUGCCCGAGUAUUCCACGACUUUCCCGAAACUAACGAGAUGCUUGGCCUUGAUGGUAACUCACCUCCCGCCUCGAGCUUGUCUGUCGACCGAGCUAAUCGUCUCGAUACUAGAUUGA